GUAGAGAUGACUCUACAGAGAAUCUAUUUACUGCUUCUGCUCUUGCUGCUGGCCCUCCUGCUGCCCUCCUAUGGCCAGGAUCGCAUGUACCAGAGAUUUCUGCGGCAGCAUGUGGAUCCUGAAGGUGCAGGUGGCAGCGAUGGCUACUGCAACUUGAUGAUGCAAAGACGGAAGAUGACUUCGCACCAGUGCAAGCGUGUCAAUACUUUCAUCCAUGAAAACAUCUGGAACAUUCGUAGUAUCUGUAGCACUGUCAAUAUCCAAUGCAAGAAUGGCAGGAUGAACUGCCAUGAGGGUGUGGUGAAAGUCACAGACUGCAAGGAGACAGGAAGUUCCAGGAUCCCUAACUGCAGAUACAGGGCCAUGACCAGCACAAGACGGAUUGUCAUUGCCUGUGAGGGUGAUCCAGCAGUGCCUGUGCACUUUGACAAAUAG